UGUUAAAAAUACCGUAAAGGAUAUAAAAUACAUACCUGAAAACAAAGUCAAAUAAUAAACAUGAGUGGUAAAGUAACCACGAAACCCAAAGCCACGGGACCUUUUGGGAAAUUUUAUCUGCUAGCGUAUAACGGCAUACAAAGUUUAGGAUGGUCUUAUUUACUGCUGCAAACACUAACACAUUUUUUGAAUAGAGGCACUUUAGACACAUAUUGGGAUGAAAUCAAAUGGACUGUUAUAAUAUUUCAAAAUGCUGCAGUGUUAGAGGUCUUACACGCCGCUAUAGGUCUAGUACCAUCAGGAGUGGUGGUAGUACUAAUGCAAGUAUACUCGCGUGUAUUUCUGGUCUGCGGUGCCCUACUCGCUACAUACGGCGCGACGGUCAGCCCUGGCUUACCACUUUGCAUCCUCGCCUGGUCCAUUACUGAGAUCAUUCGAUACGCUUACUAUGCCCUCAAUAUUGUUAACACUGUGCCUCAGGGAUUAUUGUUUUUAAGGUACUCAACAUUCCUCGUCUUAUACCCAGUUGGCAUAACCGGCGAGCUCCUAUGCAUGUACCAUGCACUCCCCGAAAUUAAUGAGAAGAAAUUGUUCACUAUUUCAAUGCCGAACUCGUGGAACUUCGCAUUCAAUUAUUAUUACUUCCUCAUUUUCUAUAUGCUCCUAUACAUACCACUGUUUCCUGUUCUUUUUGGCCAUAUGCUGACACAGAGAAGGAAAAUGUUGGGCAAAGAUGCUAAAAAGACACACUAAUGUUAGUCUUAACUAUAUUUUUACUUUAACCUUCUUAUUUCCUGAAAUCUCUAUAAUUUUUAUUUCUCACUGCCAAUUAAUUGACAUAAGUAAAUAGUUUAUUAAUUGCUUUUUUCCGUUUUGUUUCUGUACUACGAGAAACUGUAUUCAGGGUUAUUUGUAACAUACUAACAACCACGCGGGACUAUAUUACUAACAUUAUGAACAACUACUUUGUUCCAUCACUUUUUGCAUAAUCUCAGUACUGAGUAUAAAAAAAACGACCUCUGAAGUUCGUGGAAUUACAUCUACUUGCCAGGUUUUAUUGAAAUCGGUUACCGGAAAGUGCGCGAAACCGAAUUCAUCCCCUAGUUUG